AUGCCAGAGGUCUCAGCCCGUAUAAGGUCCCAGUGUGCCUUGGACCAAUUACCCGCCUUCUCCACAUACCCGUUAUCAUAUCUCAAACCAGGGCAUAAAAUUGGGACGCCAAAACCGCUGUUCACAAAAAUGGAGAAUGUGAAAGUAGCUGAAUGGAAAGCGAAGUUUGGUGGAUCGAAGACCGUUGAGGACCAAAAUCAAAAGAAACGGAAAGAUAAGUCAAAGCAAGAGACGAAGGCCACUGCCGGCGAGAACAACCCGAAAAAAUCAGAGAAGGCAAAAUCGAAUAUGGCAACGGCAGGAGGGCUAGCAUAUCCCCAUCUGGCUAAUAAUCAACAGCAGAUCAAACGGCUCUUGGAGGGCGAAUUGUUUAUAAAGCAGAAAGGAGCUGAAUUGGCUGCUAACAUUUCGAAACUCGAAAAAGAAGUUGAAUCUGUCAAACGUCAAUUGAUUGAGGCUGAAACAGCUGCUGGAAUUAAACAAGUUGCGAUUCCGCAGUUAGCCAAGACCGUGGAGAAAGCAGAGCCUGCGACGACUGCCUCUGUGACGAGCGUGAAAAGUGAAAGUCCCGAAAAGCCGUCCAAAAAGGAGAAAUCUGGUGGAGAAAAGAAGCAAGCGAGCUCUGGUGGUAACAAGAAAGCCGAUAAUGCAGCUGCUGAUGAUCAGAUUGACGUGGGACGCCUCGAUCUUCGAGUUGGUCGUAUUGUGCAAUGUGAAAAGCAUCCCGAUGCGGACGCUCUGUACGUUGAACAGAUUGACGUAGGAGAACCUGCACCAAGAACGGUCGUAUCUGGACUGGUUAAGCAUGUUCCACUUGACCAGAUGCAAAAUCGUCUCGUCGUAGUGUUAUGUAAUUUGAAACCUGCGAAGAUGCGUGGAAUUGAAUCGAGAGCCAUGGUGAUGUGCGCAUCAUCGCCAGAAAAGGUUGAAAUAAUGGAGGUAGACUCAUCUGCUCAACCAGGAACUCCAGUAACAUGUCCUCCCUAUGCUCAUCGACCUGACAUUUGGGAAACCGUGGCAGAGGAUCUGAAAGUGAGUCCCGAUGGCUACGCUGUUUGGAAGGACUGCCCCCUCUUGGUCGGUGGCAGCACGAAAAUGACAGCGCCGACCCUUCGUGGCGUUUUUAUCAAAUGA